AUGGAUGAUUUUCAAUGCAAACAAAAAGCUAACAAAUCAUUGAAUGACAGACACAGACAACGAGUGAAUCAAUUGAAUGAUGCGAUCCCUAAGAAGCCGAAGAAUAAGACGAAGAAGACGUCAAUGAAUGCCAAAGUGUUUCACGAAUUGCAUAAAAAUCGACUCAAAUAUAAAUUGAUUAAAGAUUUAAUGGUUAAUAAGGACUGUAAGGAUGGAAAGCAAACGCAUGUCUCACACAAACAAUCCGUUUUCACGGAUAAAGACUUCAGAGAUUUUGCACUCAAUUAUAAAUAAUUAUACAUUUUAUGAAUAAAGAGAUUAAUUAUAUUGAAAA